UAGACAGUUACACUUACAUUAAAAUCACUUGAUUAACACCACAGAUUUCAAGAAUAAUACAUCAGAACAUUUAUUAAAUACUCCCAAUUAUUCCGAUUAGUUAAUUUUUUAUAUUCGCAAGAAAGUAUGUUGAUUAGGUCUAAAAUAGAAAAACAUCCUAUUUAACCUAGCUUUUUAGUUAGAAAAAUUGAUAACAAAGUUUUAACGACCAAUUAUUAGCUUCUAAAGUACGUGUAUAACAUUUCGACUACGUUCUCGCGAAACUAGUAACUCAUUUUCAUUCUUAACCAUAAACAUGUCCAAAAGCUACUCUGUAGUGUCUUUGACAAUACUUGUAAUUGUCACUCUAGCUUAUAAUCACAUUGAAGCAGCAGAUAAAAGAUGCCAUAAAGUACCUUUACUUAAAAAUUUUGAUGUCGACAAAGUAACGGGUAAUUGGUAUGGUCAGGAAAUUGGAGACAUGGACGGUGAUGAAAGCUCAAGAAGAUGUUUAGCUUAUAGUGCAUUUACUGAUAAAAAGAAAUCAAAUGCAACUUUUACCGUGAUAAGACUUUUCAAUGGGACAACUACCGUUGGAAAAGCGGAAAUGUAUCAAGUACACCAAAUAAAUGAUACUUCUGAAUUUGAAAGCAAAUGGAAACAAGAUGUCGGAAAGCGAAGUUCUUGGACGAUUGGAACUGACUAUGAUACAUGGUCGACAUGGUACGUUUGUCAACCGGAGCAAGACGAUAGAGGGAUCUUGUUUAUCACAACGAGAGAAAAGUAUCCAAAUGCUGCAACACUCGAGGCAGCACGUAACUCGGCUAGAAAUGCAGGAUUUAAAAUGUCUAAACCCUAUUUGAAACGAGUCGAUCAUUCUCAUUGUUUUAAUUAAAUUUUGAAUGUUUCUGUUAUAAUGUAAUCAUGGUUUUCUUAAAAAUUUGGGAUUAAUAAAUAUGUUUCUAUGGAUAAUGUCA